AUGAAUGAUCAACCGAACGGAACGGAUUUUCCUCAACUGAACCCGGAUUGGUUUUCUUGUUUUCUCGAUGGAAUGGUUUCGUUUAGCAUACAUUUGAGCGAGUUCUUCGAAUGGCUGAAAAGGGUUCGGAGAAGAAUUCAUGAGUAUCCUGAACUGGCAUUUGAGGAGUACAAGACGAGUCAACUGAUCAGGGAUGAGCUUGACGCGCUGGGCAUCCAGUACACGUGGCCGGUUGCGAAAACUGGGGUGGUGGCAACAAUUGGGUCCGGCGAUCAACCUCUGUUUGCCCUGAGAGCUGACAUGGAUGCCCUACCCAUCCAGGAAUUGGUGGAUUGGGAGCACAAAAGCAAAAUUGAUGGCAAAAUGCAUGCCUGCGGUCACGAUGCUCAUACCACAAUGUUGCUUGGUGCAGCCAGAUUGCUUCAGAAUAGAACAAAAAGUCUCAAGGGCACUGUAAAGCUUGUUUUCCAACCGGGAGAAGAAGGUCGUGGAGGUGCAUAUCAUGUCCUGAAAGAAGGAGCACUUGAUGGGGUUCAGUCUAUUUUUGCCCUUCAUGUGACGCCAGAGUUGUAUGUAGGCUCUAUCGCCUCAAGACCUGGUCAAAUGCUAGCCGGAUCAGGUAGGUUUUUGGCAGUAAUUCAAGGUGCAGGUGGACAUGCAGCAGCACCCCAUAAAACAAGAGAUCCAGUAGUUGCCGCCUCCAUGGCGAUUGUUGCACUCCAGCAGAUUGUAUCCAGAGAAACUGAUCCUCUGGAUGCCAGGGUGGUGUCUGUAGGAUUCAUAAAGGGAGGUCAAGCUGGAAAUGUUAUCCCUGAGACAGUCAAGUUUGGGGGAACUUUUCGGUUCUUGAGUGCUGAUAGCUUUUCUUACCUGCUCCAAAGAAUCGAAGAGGUAAUAGUAAAGCAAGCGGCUGUAUACCAUUGUACUGCAACUGUUGAUUUUAUGGAGGAGAUGUUGAGGCCUUACCCUCCAACCAUUAAUGACCUGUCAAUGUAUACACAUGCCAAAGGAGUAGGAGAAAUGUUACUAGGGGAAGACAAGGUACAGCUCGCGAGGCAGAUAAUGGGAGCCGAAGAUUUCAGCUUUUAUGGGCAGAAGAUGGCUGCUGCAUUUUUCAUGAUUGGUGCAAGAGAUAAGGACUCAGAUACAAUUACCGGGUUGCACACGCCAUAUUUGGACAUUGCCGAAGAAAUACUUCCCAUUGGAGCUGCUCUUCAUGCUGCAGUUGCUACCACUUACUUAGAUGAUCAUCAUGUUCAUAGAGUGUCUUGA